AUGUUUGUCUUUCGAAACCACCAUCUCAGGACCUUGACUUCGUCUAUCAAAUGUUCAGAACGUAGAGCGGGAUUUUUAAAAUGUCGCUCUACUAAACUCGAUGCUUUCAGAAGGACUAACGUCCUUGAGCUACAUGCCUUAACUGCUCGGCUAUCCUUCCAGAGUCAUGCUGUGACACAACGACCACAGGCCUACGUCCUGAGUGGAUUAUUAUCUCUGCAGCCCAGCGGAGAGGCCCCUUCCGUAUGGCUUGCACUAGGCGCAUUUAUUGGGCUCCCAAUAGUUUUGUGGUUGUAUAAGGUACUAUAUGUACCCUAGUGCUAUUUUUGUUCAUGCUAACGACUCUCAGUCUCUCAUGAUGAUAAUUUUUCAACGGAAGAUAAUCUACAUGGGCUAUGUCCCAUUGGGCGCCCGCACUGAGGAACUCGGCCGCGACAUAAGACCCUCGUCCAACCGUAUUAUGUGCGACGAGGUUCAGAUUAAUGGCGAGAGAGGUGCUCGCUUAUUUGGCAUCUACCUUCGUCGGGAAGAAUUAAAUACUCCCGCUCGCCAACCAAAGACCGUGAUGAUAUACUUUCAGGGUAAUGCUGGCAACCCACUCGGAAGGAUACCUGUGUUCGAGCGCCUUCUCUUGAAUUGCCCUCCAGAAAUUGGCAUCCUCGCGGUUGCUCCUCGAUCAUACUGGAAGUCUACCCCCAGGACGGCUACGGAGCGCGGCCUGCUUUCUGAUUAUCAUCACGCCCUGUCCUAUGCGAUCAACCGAUUCCCUGAGUCCAAGAUCAUUUUAUAUGGACAUUCCCUCGGCGGAGCCAUCGCUGUAUGUCUCGCCGCGCGACUCAAAGCACAAGACUUCCCGACCGUGAAGGGCCUCGUACUGGAGAACCCAUUCGCCUCCAUUCCUGGCAUGGUCAAGGCGCUGUAUCCUCAGCGUUGGCUACCAUACCACUAUCUCAGCUCACUUGUGCUCGACAAAUGGGACGCGCUUAGUGCGAUGCAAAAUCCACAGCAAGAUUCUCUGUUAUGCAACCUUUCGAAUAAUAUGAUGGUCAUGCUCAGCGAAAAGGACGAGUUGGUUCCGACAUCGAUGGGUCGCUCACUACUCGACGCUAGCAAGAACAAAGUUGGGAAUGACUUGGCGAAUCAGCACAAGAGAAUAAUUGUGGUUCGGAAUGCGUUGCAUGAGGAUGCUUGGACGAAAGAGGUUUGGUUAGUGGAGAUGCGUAGAUAUUUGGAUUUAAUGAAUUGCACUCAAUAUUAAAUAUUUGAGAUGGUAUUCUCCUAAUUUUGUACAUUUUAUUUA